CGCGAACUCUCAGUUUCCAGUUUCGCCGUAGAAAUGCGUUGAGAUGGCUCUUGGGCCGUGUCCAAUGAGAAGCAUUCGAAUACCGGGGAUACGGGCCGAGUCAAACCGCGAACUUACGCUGCGGAAUUGAUUUUUUUGUCGGUAGGCCGUCAUUCGACACAAGAAAUUCUGCUCGGUCGACACACACAAAAUUACCCAGCAUCUACUAUCCCACCAUGUUGUUGCGCUUUGUUCCGACAUUUGCUUACUUUUCAUUACUCGUGCCCUUAGUAACCUGGGCUGGCCGUACGACCGUUUUGACCCACAAAAGUGCUUUGCACGUCCAAAAUGCCAACAGUCAGAAUGCCUGCGUCGAUGGCAGCAGUGAGGGCUUUUGGGCCGGCGCUAACAACUCCACACGGACGUCUUGUAGUUGGAAUGACGAAGCCCAGAUAAUUGCGGAGUCGACAUACGAGCUGUCGUCACCGGCGGCCCCUGAGGCGGACAAUUUGGGAUCCAAAUUGGGCGUUCCACAAACCAUCGAUGCGGCGCGAUCGCAAGAGAUUCUGGAACGCAUCGCUAGCGCCCAAACUUACAUGGACGAGGUAGUCGCCAUCGACGAAAAGUACGCUAAAGUACGGGAAUUGUGCGAUAACAAGAACGCCAACUGUGCGUUUUGGGCGGUUAUCGGCGAGUGCGAGAACAAUCCUGGCUACAUGAAAUUGAAUUGUGGUCCAGUUUGUAAAUCGUGCGAGCAGCUUCACGUCGAAACCCGGUGUCCCAUGGACCCUGACGCCGUCGAUGCCUUGUACCCGGGAACCCUCACGCAUAUGUUCGAAGGCAUCCUCGCCAACCCCGAUUUCCAAAAGUAUGAAAUAUCUGUCUUGUCUCGGCCGACACUAGCUCCUGGGGAUACAGAAGAAACUGCAGACUACUUUGUUGGUGGCCCGUGGGUGAUCAUGCUCGACAACGCCUUGUCGUCGGAAGAGGCAGAUCGACUGAUUGAGUUGGGCGGUAUUGAGGGCUACGAACGCAGCGCCGAUGUCGCAGAAACUAACUCGGGCCGCACGUCGACUAACGCCUGGUGCCAACACGACUGUUACAAAGAUCCAACGGCGCGCGCCGUCAUGGACCGAGUAGCCAACAUUACCAGUAUUCCCGAAGUGAAUUCCGAGUAUUUGCAAAUGUUACAGUACGAGAAAUCACAGUUCUACCAAACUCAUUCAGACUACAUUCCUUAUCAAGUGAAUCGACCAACAGGUGUCCGCAUUUUGACAUUCUACUUUUAUUUAAGCGAUGUGGAAGAGGGUGGUGGUACAAACUUUCCCAAGUUAGGCCUCACCGUGACGCCGAAAAAGGGUAGGGCCGUGUUGUGGCCUUCAGUCUUAGAUGAUGAACCCAAUCAAAAGGACGCCCGCUCCGAUCACCAAGCCUUGCCGGUAAUCAAGGGCGUCAAGUAUGGUGCCAAUGCAUGGAUUCACCAACGAGAUUAUAAGACAUGGAGCCAGAAAGGAUGCUAAGGAAUCCUUUGUGGUGCGGAAUUACAUUUCAAAGGCCUCCGUCAAACAUAUCCAUAAAAAUUAACUUUUUCGUCUAUAUUUCACAGCU